UUCGCACUCGGAGACAUAGUCUUCUAAGUUUCAAUUUGUCUUAGGUCCACUCCAAAAGCUUCGCUUAAGCGACUUCGUUCCUGGCUCGAUGCGCUUAAUGAAAGGGAAAUCCCUAGAUUAAGAAAGAAUUUCCUUUGUAAUUAAGCAGCAUCCUUUAAGUGAGUUGGGGGGCGGCUUUGUAUAGUAGGGGUGCGCCGGACCGCCGACGAAUAAUAGGUACCCUCACCCCAGGCAGAGUUAGUGAGCCGUGUAAUAGGCGACCAUUUCGCGCGGUUCGGGGGGCACUUGAGUCAGCCGCCGGCGCCCGACUGCGUCUUGACCCCUAUCCAAUUUUUGGGCCAAUUCCCUCUUCGUACUACCAAAAAAUGAGAUUCUUGCCGAAUCCGAGUUUGCUGCUCCAACCAUUACCAAACUAAUACCUAUUCUGUUUAGUACUUCAGGUGCUUCUGUUGCGUAUAAUGUAAAUCCCGUAGCGGAUCAAUUCCAACGAGCCUUUCAAACUAGUACUUUUUGUAAUCGACUCUAUAGCUUCUUCAAUAAACGCUGGUUCUUCGAUCAAGUUUUGAAUGACUUUAUAGUCAGAUCGUUCUUGCGUUUCGGGUAUGAAGUCUCAUUCGAAGCUUUAGACAAAGGUGCUAUUGAGAUAUUGGGCCCCUAUGGUAUCUCGUACACAUUCCGACGAUUGGCCGAGCGAAUAAGUCAACUUCAAAGUGGAUUUGUUGUGCGAAGAGUGCGUUAUGACCCGUGGCCGCCUGCCCGGUGGGGGCGGCUCCUCCGUUGUGGGUAAACGGGAAACCCGACUCUACGAACCCGAGGAAAGGCUGCACAGCAGUAGUAGGGGCGUGAAGACCGGAGCUUUUUGUAGUGCUAGCAAGAAUGCAAGUGAAUCAAUUUCAUUCCCUAGCGAGUGAAGUGCUUACGCCCCUUUAGAGAGAGGGGCCAGCAAAAGAACUCGUUCUUCCAUUUUUAGAUCUUUCAAUUCGUAAGAUCAUGAUAGAGUCCCCUUUACUAAUAGAAAAGGUUAGGGGGCUGAGCUGUCUACUUCGCGAGCCUUCUGUGCCCUGUUUUCCUUUUUCUUCCGUCCACGAGGUUCUGAAAGAAAGAAAGGGGCGGCUAUCUGGCGGGAGUCGUUUCGGUUGUAUGCCACGAGGUCCCUAUGGACAAGGGGACAAGUGAAUUCUCGCUUUUGAGCGCAGGCAGCCUUCUACCAUCCAUCCCAUUGCAUUCUAUCGUCUCGUAUUGUACUGUACCGUAUCAAACCAGAUAGAUCUAUUGAGUGAGAGAAAGGUAGUGUAACUAAUUCUAUAUUCUUUCCAUCUUUUUUGAUUGAUAGGGAUCCCCAUUCAUUCCCGUCACUACGGAUUGAUUGUCCCUACCUAACUACAUGGUAGUGGUCUAGAGAGCGCAAUUGCUAGAGCACGGGAGAAUGAAGAGUAAUGAUUUCAGCAAGAGCAGCCGGACGGACUAGUAUAGUGAGUCUAGUGACUACUAGAGUAGAGUUAAGUCAAAAGGUAUAGCAGCCUUUCCGAGCGAGCCUCUGGGAUCUCCUGUAAACCCCCAUGAUGUGGUAAAGGGAGGAUAUUAGGGGAAGCAGUGAGUGGAGAUUCUCCUGCAGAGAGCCGGAUGAGGGGAGACCUUCACGUCCGGUUCGGAGGGCGGGGAUAUCCCGACCCUACUAUCAUUAUGCCUUUGCAAUGUUACUUGGUUCAACUCUAUUUGUGACCUUUUCUCGUAUGUGGGACUUUCUAUCUUCUUGGGUAGAUAAUCGAUCGUCUUUCAUUUGGAUAGUGAGUAGUUUUUAUAAUAAUAAGUCAAGUCAAGAAUAAUAAUCGAACUGGAGGAGCUUGCCGGGAUGGCUUGGUAAGCAAGCAACCAGGCGCCAACUCCCAGUUCUUUCUCUUCUUUCUUUUUUAGUUUAAUGACAGUUCAUCAAAACAAUUGUCCAAGAUAAGAUUGCUAGAUCGAGCACGCGACGCGCAUAGUCUUAAGCCCAAGAACGGGUUGUAUCCUUUUAAACAUUUUGACUACUUCCAAAAGCUUCGCUUUAGCGACUUCAUACCUUGCCUCUUCCUUUUCAGAGAUCUCGUUGUUCUCUUCCCAUAUUUUUUCCAUACUUUCGCAGUCUUCUUCAUUAUGUUGUUCGCUUACUUUCUAAGGUCUAACCUUUCGCUCCUUUACUGAAAAGGCGCGUAACGCCGGAAUGCUCAUUUUUUUUUUCUAACUUCAAGGCGGUCUUCUUCUAAUGACAGAGGCUUCCUAUAAUGGAGGAAGUUGCUAUAUGGAAAAGCUUCGUUCUACCCCUGUUAUGAGUCUGAGGUCAUCGGCCUCCGUUUGCGUGGGUUUUGGAAAGUUUUGAUCCUUCAUUUUUAAGGUUGGGGACUUAUUAUACUUUAGAAUAUUAAGAUCUUCCGGUGAGAAAGAGGAGCCCCUCCUGAAUCAGGCCUCAGUCUUUCUCAUGUUCAAAAUAUCGUUCCUUGGCUAAGUCUGAAAGUAGGUCCCACCAUGUCCCACGUAAGAGAAGGGUCCUCUCUCUCCUUGUGAGAAUUCGUAUAUUCAAGACCUUGUGCUGAAGUGGCUCAUGGAGUCUUUUUUAUUUCUCUUUAGUAAAUCGUCUUCUUCGGUCAUAGUAGGGCUAUGCCCUGAAUGAAGGAUAGGACUUUUUUUCUUAUCAAUACCAAUACCAAGAGAGACCCACGGAGCGGUAAGAGAUUCAGACUGUGAACCUUACGAUUUUCUGAGCAGUUGGACUUAAAAAGGCCUAAAGAGAAAGAAUUCCGAACCCCUUGUUGAGGUUUCGGGAGCGUUCACCGAAUCCAGUCGUCCCCUUACCGAAGAAGGCCCGACGUCCUCUCUGGGAUCAGUGCUCCCUCUUUUUCGAGAAGCGGCCCCGGCUUCGCUAUUUUGCUGGCCCUGACCUUCUGAAUAAGGCGACAGGUUGAGAUACUUUUCCCAACCCCCCGAGCCACUGUUACCCGAAUCCGCCCCAGUGGGCAUCAUCCGAAGACCUACUAUUUCGGAGACUUCCUCCGUAAUGAGGGUCCUUGCAAAACAAGCUAUGGCCAAGGCAAGCCCCCCCGGGAGGCCCCAAAAAAAGAAAGUACAGGCGAGGUCUCCAAAAGCUUCGCUUAAGCGACUACAUACCUGUGAUGUUAGUAUUCGUAUUACAUACACUGAUGUAAGUGGAAUCAAUCACCUAAACGAAAAAGGAUGGUUCGUUUUCUUCGAAGAAGACUACAUAUGUCAUAUGUAAUUUAUAUUUAGGUCUUCUUCCUAUCAAACUCAAUCUACCUAUGGUGUGCAAACCAAGGGAUUGGGAUGUAAUUCCCCAACUCAAAAGAUUGAAGCUAUUCAAUAACUGUCGAGCUCUCUGUGGUGUAUGCCUUCAUCUUAUGAAUCCUAAUGGUGUACGCAGUACAAUGGAAUUCCAUUCCCUCCUAAUAUAUUAGCUUUAACUGGAAUUCAUCCCACUUUUUCUCAUGAGCUAGCCAAAGAUAAAGAUCUUUAUCUUUCUUAGGUUUAGGGGGGGAUUUUUUCCCACCGCAUACAAGACGAGUGUACUGCUCGUAAGCAGUCAGUAUACCCGAGAUCCUUUCAUUCCAAGUUGCCAUCAUCUUCUUGUUCUUUUUUAUGCUCUCUGAUUCUAAGUUUUCAGCCUCUCUUUUGAUAUUACCUUACUGGUAGUGAAAGGUUCAUUAGAACUAUGUUCAAAAACAUUCAUAUAGAUGAACUCGUUGAUGAUUGAAAGUGGAGGCCCAUGUUACGAAAGACGCCGUAAAAAAUCUUUGGUAUAAUAUAGCUAUAUAUAUUCCGCUGUUGUUAGAAAGUUCUCGUGAACUGUGUAUAUAGGAGCGUCUUUUAGAAGACGCAUCCCGUCUACUACACUCAUUGCAAUAUGGGCAUCCUUUUUUUUUAUGAAUUAAGUUUCAAAGGGUAGAGAUUUCUGUCUUCUUACGAUCUCUCUUAGAAGAAGAAACUCUGAGAGUAACCCGACGCCUCUUCUUCUUCUGAUUAAGAAGAUCAUAAAUACUUAUCUGUAUUGGUUCCAAAACCAUAUAAUCUUGUACCGUGGUUAAGUAAGGUAUCAAGAUGAUGAAGUGAGUUAGUCGGACUGCAACUGGAUCUAGCGAUUCUUACAAAGAAGUAGUACUUCCCAGGAGGAGGACCUCGGAUCCCUCUGCUUCUCUCGUAAUGGCUACUUGAUCUAUCAGAGAGAGACGUUCCUAGUAACUCUGGCCGCUCUUUAACCUCUAUUCUCUUGGGAAAGAAAUUCUAACAAUCGAGCUCAGUGAGGGCUCAGGGUAUUAUCUUGGCAAAGAAACAGUCCAUCCCUUGACCUUCUUUCUGCAGCCAGGAAAUAACCUGAUCUUUGAUUCUAAUGAUUUAUAAGAGAAGACCAUGGGAAAAAAGAAAGGCUCUAAGUCCUUUUAUCUCCCUAGAUGGUAAAGGUCUUAGCACUUACCCUCGUCACCUUGCCUUGGAUCCUUACUCGCUCUUGGGAUAGGAAUGAAGCCAGUGUCCCUUCCAGUCCGAUCAAGAGUUACGAUAUCCAUGUGCACGUGAAAGGGACACUGUGAGGACAGAAGGAGCUGCUAUUGAAUGCAAAGUAACUGUCAUGCUUAUCCGGUCUUAGCAUCUUAGCAUACGGCAUUACCUCCAGGCGGAAGCCGGACUCCUCUUAAAGAAUCAGCUCAACUUAAAAACAGUUUCGGGACUUGUCCAACAGCGAGUCCCGAAGGUGGGGACUUAUUAUGAGAUCAUCAGUGAUAUGAAAAUAGAACUGGGUCCGGAUCAUCCCCUCGUCCAGGUUGUUCUAAAAUCCAAAAAAUCAUGAAUCAUAUAAUAUAUAUAAGAUAUAAGAGGGGAAGAAUCGACAAAGAAUGACGAACAUAAAAUCGUGAAUGAAAAAGCGUUAGGAAAAGAAAUUCUCUAGUCUAUUAUGUUAGAAGGUGCAAAAUCAAUGGGUGCCGGAGCUGCUUCCAAUUGCUCGGAAAUUCUCAGUUAUAUGGGGGGCUUAGAUAGUGAGCAAAAACAAUUGAUCAAGAAAUUGGUAAACUUUCACAUGAAAGAAGGUAAAAGAACGAAGGUUCGUGCUAUUGUUUAUCAAACUUUUCAUCGCCCAGCUCGAACUGAAGGCGAUGUAAUCAAACUUAUGGUUGACGCCGUAGAGAAUAUAAAGCCCAUAUGCAAAGUAGAAAAAGUAAGAGUAGCAGGUACUAUUUAUGAUGUCCCCGGGAUUGUAGCCAGGGAUCGUCAACAAACCUUAGCUAUUCGUUGGAUCCUUGAAGCAGCUUUCAAACGACGUAUAUCCUACAGGAUAAGCUUAGAGAAAUGUUCAUUUGAUGAGAUACUGGAUGCUUACCGAAAGAGGGGAAUUUCGCGUAAGAAAAGGGAGAAUCUUCAUGGACUGGCUUCCGCCAAUCGAAGUUUCGCGCAUUUCAGAUGGUGGUAAAGUGAAACUACAUAAGGAGCUCUUCCUCAUUCAGUCAGAUUAUUCAGUAAGAUAUGCUUUGACCAUUUUGCUUUUUGUAUGAAUAUUUAUAUAGAAAGAAUUCCUUAUACUCUUUUCUUCAUUGAGUUGGACCAAGAAAACUAUAGCGCGUGAGCGCAACUUCGCCCGUUGCUUGUUUAGUCGCUAAAGCGAAGCUUUUGUUUACACGCUAAAGCUAUGCUUAUGGAAUCCAUAGGAAAAAAAUGACCUUAUGUAUCAAAGUUUUUUCCAGAGUUAGAUGUCUCAUUCCUUAGGGAGUGAGAGGGUAAGGGGGAGAGGGUGGGUGGCCCCUUACGCGCUUUUUUAGUAGGAGUUCAAUUCGGAUGGAACGGAAGCGUAUAUAGGAAACGAAUAAACCUUCUGCGUUGUCUAGUAAGAUUUUCAUAAAAAAAAAGAGAAAAAUGGAAUAGGGAUGUAAUAGCUAAAGCUAUGCUUUUGGGAUUGGAGUCUGAAUAAGAUCAGCAGGAAACACAAUGAUAGGGCGUCUCAAACAGAGGCAGUGUUGCAGAAAAAAUCUCUUUUUUCUUCUUCAGUUAGUCAAAAUUCGGUCGAUAUCGACAAUCCAGUUCCGCGGGAAGGAGGCCUAGAAAAGGUCAGCAGGCAAAAAAACCUGCCUUUGACGCUACGCUGUGCCGAACUGCAGCGGGAUGCUAGUCAGGGACAGGUUCCGGUCACUCUUUCGAAUUGUGGUGGCACGGGAAUGAAUGGGGGCGGUUUUCAUCUCAUCGCCGGCGUGUGGAAGACUAGUGCAUCCAAGCACAGCGCAGCCAAGAGGGUCCAAGAUUGCUUCGUCGAAUGGGCUGGCUGGGACGGACAUCGAUCUUCGCUUCGCGGGAAGAAGAAAAACCACCAUCUCGCUCUUUCCUUUCUUCGGUGCUGCCUUUUUCUUUGUGUUUUGGCCUCCAAACAAAGUUCUUAUCACCAUCGGGCUUAUCCCUUUUUAUUUGAUUAGCAGCAAUGAGAUAGGUUGAUUUUGACUCAAAGUUACCAUAUGCAUCCAGGCCUACCUAUCAGGUUUGUGAAAGGCUAACAAGCAAAGCAUAUCUUUUGAAUAAAGCAGCUUUUGCCACUGUUCGUGUAGACUUCCUUGUGGUUCCAUCAAACUGAACUGGGUCUAAGGCUAUAAUCUCUUCAACGGUUGAACUCAGGGCUCAAUAGCCC